AUGGAUCCCCAGCUCAAGCUGAUCCUUGACGAAAUCCAUCAGUCCAAGGUCGAAUUCGGGUGCCGGUCUGACGACCACGAGGCACAGUGGGAGCGGCGGUUCUCCGACCUCGACAAGGACCGCAUCGCUCGGGACCAGGCCAUCGACGCCCGGUUCGACCUCCUCGAGGCGGCCUGCGGUGAGUUGCAGCAGCUCCGCGUCGAGCACGACCUCGACGAGCGCGAUGCACGCAUCACCGCCCUGGAGGCUGCCGUGACGGAUCUCGGUCGCUGGCGCCCGGAGAUGGAGGGAGUCGUCGACAACCUAACGCUGAAGGUUCAGAGGAUGUCCAAGCACUACGACCGCGUGGUGUUCGACACUGCGCCGCAACGGGAGCCUGGCGUUUUUCCCUCACCGCCGGCGACGUCCGCUUUCGCCACCGUCGGAUCCUCCUCUACUUCGCCCAGCGGGCACUGCGUUGCUGUGACUCCACAGGAUGUUGGGUCUGGCGUCGUUACGACGUGGACUCAUGUCCCGGCAUCGGGUAUGUCCUCGCCGUCACCUUCUCAUGUCCCGCUUCCUGGUAUUCAACUUCCUCGUCCGCCACCAGUUCCUGAUCCCAAACCACUAAUCCCUCAUCGUCCUCCACUUCCUCAAUUCCAACCGAUCCAUCAGCCUCCCCCAAUUUCCCAGACCCACCCGAUGCCUCCGCCCACACCUAUCAGUCAUCACCCCACCCCCUUGCACAAAUGUUGCAAUACCCCCGAUUCCACCCACAUUGCUGCCAACCUCGGCCGUUUACCCAAGCUUCCCUUUCCCAAGUUUAAUGUCGAUGAACUCAUGUGGCUCAGUGUUGCCGAGAUGUAUCUCGAAGGCCCUGCAGAUCGUUGGUACCAAUCCAUCACCCCCCAGCUUGAGAAUGCCACAUGGGCAACCUUCUGUCAACUUCUUCACGAUCGCUUUGAUCGCGAUCAGCACGAAUUGCUUCUUCGCCAACUCUUCAACAUCUAUCAGAAAACCACUGUCUCUGCCUAUGUUACUGAAUUCUCGGAACUGGUGGAUCAACUCAAGUCCUAUUCCCCAACUAAUGACCCCAUGUAUUUUACUAUGCGGUUCAUUGACGGUCUCAAACCUGACAUCAAAGCCAUCGUGCUUGUCCAACGCCCAAAAACUUUCGAUACUGCCUGCUCUUUGGCCUUGUUGCGGGAAGAGGUGUCUGGGCCCAAGCCGGCACGUGCUGUUGAUUGGUACUCGGCGUAUCAGACUGCCCCCCAAGCACGUGUGCCGUUGCUGCUUCCACCGCCUUCACCACGUGCCGAGAAGCCUGGCACUGUCCCGGUGGUGCCUGCAGCCCGGGCGCCGGCCACCGUUGAUGUCAAGCUCCAAGCCCUCAAGACAUAUCGGCGCGCACUGGGCCUCUGCUACAAGUGCGGCGCCAAGUGGAGCCGCGAUCAUCGAUGUGCGCCUGAAGUCCUGCAAGCAGUGGAUGCUCUUUGGGAUUCCGUCUCCUCUGAUGACUCCUUGGCUGAUUCGUCUACUGAGGACAGCCCAGCGGAGCAACUGAUGUCGGCGUUGUCCAAAUCUGCAAGUUCUGGGAUUCCUGCAUCGUGUACUGUCCAACUGAUCGGUACCAUUCACCAAGUGCCUGUGCAGAUUUUGAUUGACUCUGGCAGUUCUUCCUCGUUUGUUAAUCAGUCCUUGUUGUCUCAGUUGCCUGAUGUUCAGUUGCUCUCAGCGCCAAGCUCAGUUCAGGUCGCCGGCGGAGGCCGAUUGGUCAGCCAGUCUGUUCUUGUUGAUGUACCGUGGACAGUGGAUGGCUGCACAUUCAGAUCCAACUUUAGGACUCUGCCUUUGGCCAAUUUUGAUGUUAUCAUUGGUAUGGACUGGCUUGAAGAACAUAGUCCGAUGCAAGUUGAUUGGCGGCGCAAAUGGUUGGCCGUGCCCCAUGAUGGUCAGGUCCGGAUUCUUCAGGGUUUGUCUCCGGCUCUUCCUCAGCACGAGUUGAUCACCAAGCUGACAGUCGCUCCAACCUCCUGUCCUCCAUUUUCUCUGUCUAAAGGAGUUCUCCGGCACAAGAAUCGUAUUUGGUUGGGCUCCAGUCACACAUUGCAGCGACAGGUGCUCCAGGAGUUCCAUUCCAGCCCUGUGGGAGGACACUCUGGUGCCCUAGUCACUUAUCAACGCAUCAAGCGUCUAUUCUAUUGA